AUGACGAUUUGGCCAUGGCUUGUCUUGGCAUCCGCGGUCGCCCGUUUGUACGUGGAGCGCAACGUCAAGAAGAACCCCUUCUCUCCAGUGCGAGAACUGCCAGUGAUGGGCCUGAUGAGUUCGUUCAUCCUGGUGCUCAUGUUGAUGCCUGCCAAGAACAUAACCCUUUCAGACUGCCUGGUGCUCACGUGUAUCGACCCAGUCCUGGCGGCCGUGUUGGCGUCCAUCAUCUUGGGGAAGGCGAGGCGGGACCUCCACUUCAAGAGCAUGAAGAUGUACACGUUGAUCAUGAUACUGGUAGUUACCUACGCUUACGGGGACACCUCCCAAGAGACUGGCCUUGGGUCGGACCAUUUCUUGUUCAUCGUGGCCCGCACUAUGAUCGUUGCGCGCUCGAUGUGGGUCAAGUCGCAGUACGCGUCGUUUCACAGGAGCAAGAUGCCCACGAGGCCGCCAGAGAACGCGCUGCUCUUUUACGAGUCUCACAAGCCGAGGAAGCACCGCUUCAAGCACUUCCCAGCUCCCCUGCUCCUCACGCUGGACGCCAUCUUCGACUCUGGCCUGCGGGACACCGACUUCCACGCCAUGGGCCCCGUAGGAACGAGGGACUUGUACAUGUUGACGGAGUCGACUUAUCUAUUGCCGAUCUCUUCGCUUAUGACGUAUUUGUUUGAACAGGAGACCAUUGGCACUGGUUUGAUGCCACCUGCUCAGAGUGGUGACCAAGCUCAAGCUGCUGUUGAUGCGAUUGGCUUGAGCUCAACAGAGUCCAGUGCAUUUGUCGUGGAUGAACGUGUGACGGCAGCAGGCACUGUGAUUGUAGUGUUUUUGUGUUUUUCGUUUUGCGUUGCGAGAGCUGCAACACCUUGGGUUGCGUCUCAGUCACUCUUCGAUUGGGGCUCGUCGGUGCACUCUUGGAAGUACCAGCCAAUUCUGAUCGCUCUGCCGUUUUUUAUUUACGACAUUCUUUUCUUGAAUGGGUCGUUGUCAAAGUUCCAGAUUGUGGCAAUUAUGCUUCUCUUGGCAAUCAACGCGCUUCACCGUGCCGACAUCUGGAACUCUUUCAAGCGAAAGUUCUUGCUGCUCAUGACGCAGGACCUGCACUACCACCAGCCGGCCGUGCUGCGCCAGCUGCAGCGGCGGACGCUGCUGGAGUUCCUGGAGAAGACCUCCUCGGACGACUACAACAUGAUCCUCCUGGACACGGCCGUGCGCCACGGCGGGAACAUCCGCGAAAUGGCGAGAGACACCAGCAUCACCGUCUGGGACCCGGCGCCCAGCGCCACGGCGGCGUGGAAGCUGGCGUUCUCGUUGGUGACCAAGUCUUUGAAGCGUCAGAAGAUGGCCCGCAAGCAGAUGAGAGACGCGAGGGAAUCAGUUGAGGCCUUCAUCGCGAAUCUGGUAGUCAACGUUGUGUACAAGGCGGUCGACGCGGCCGAGGGCCACGGCAGCCGCAUGCGGCUGGCCGGCUCGCUGGCGAGCGUGAUGUGCAAGCGGCGCGCCCUCCGGCGGCUGCAGGCCCUGGCGGAGUACCGGCGGCUGCUGCGCAAGAGGCGUCAGGCCGGGCAGCUGGCGCACGUGCCGAGCACGCUGGCCGCUGCUGGUGGCCAGCUGCGGGCCGUUCGCGACAUCACGGCCCAGCACCAGCACCAGCACCAGCAGCAGCUGGCCCUCAUGGCGUCGGCCUCGUCCGUGCCGUCGCAGGGCAUGCCAGCGCUGCCUGCGCCGGGGCAGGGAGCUUCCCCGACGGCGCGGAGCCAGGGCUCCAGGAGUCAGGGUACCAACGCGCACCUGCAGAUGUCGCUGAACGCGUCGAUGCGCUCAAGAGCUUCAGGAGAGAGCGAGGAGGCCCCACUCCUCGCCACGCCCGGCUUGUUCGGGUCCGUGGACGACGCCGAGACCCCGGGCGCCCGCUCCGGCGCCAUCAUGCGUGGCGUCCUGGCCACGGCGGACAUGCUGGAGGACGCCUCCUCGCCGUACGGCGCGGUGGUGAUCUCUUUCGGGGACGCGAGGUACGGGCAGCUCGGGGUUUCUGCAGACAAGAAGGUGGCGAGCAGAAGAAUCAUACCCAUCGACGAGCUCCGGGGCGUCAACCCGGUGCAGGUGGAGGCGGCCGGCGUGGCGUCCUUCGUGGUGGGCAGCAAGGGCCAGAUGUGGUCCUUCGGUUCGAACCGGUCCAUGGAGCUCGGCCUGCGCAAGGAGGUCACGCAGGUGAACGUCCCGCAGCGCACCAAGGCGAUCCGCGAGCAGGACGCCGUCCAGGUCGCGGGGUCGCCCUCCGCAUCAGGGCAGGCGCACACGCUGGUGCUGACGAACUCGGGCCAGGUCUACACCUUCGGGACCUCGUCCUGCGGCGCCCUCGGGCAGGGCCCAGACGUGCGGCAGACGGCCCCCCUGCUGCUGCGCAUGACCAGCGAGGUGCGCAUCCGUACGGUGGCGGCCGGCGCGCGGCACAGCGUGCUGAUCAGCGACGAGGGCAAGAUCUUCACCAUGGGUGACAACACCCACGGGCAGCUGGGCUUCCCGAAGACGAGGUGCAGGAUCAUGGCGGAGCCCGAGCCCAUCGAGGGACAACUGGGCCAGGCGUGCGUGCAGCUCGUCUCCGCUGGCGACGACCACACGCUGGCGACUACCGAGGACGGGAAGCUGUACGCGUGGGGCUCCAACGCCAACGGGCAGUUGGGCUUGGGCCGUCUGGACGAUCAGGAUACACCGCAGGCCGUCGAGGUCCUCACCAGCCUGGGGGUCACCUCCAUGGCGUGCGGCGCCCGGCACUCCCUGGUGGUGGCUCGCCGGGGCAAGCAGGUCUGGUCCUUCGGCAGCAACGUCCAGGGCCAGCUGGGGGUGGGCCCGAACACCACGGGGAACGGCAUGCAGCUCUCGUCGCCCGCUCUCAUCCACACGCUGAGCGGCCAGCGCGACAUCGAGGUCACGCAGGUGGCGGCCGCCUCGUGCCACUCGCUGGCGCUGGCGCGCUCGGGCGAGGUUUAUUCAUUCGGCGAGAACUCCUACGGCCAGCUGGGCUUCCCGCCCGCCGGCGCUGGGGUGCCGAGCGCCGGGGUCGCGCGCACCGUGCAGCAGCGGAAGAAGGCCGAGAUCGACCCGACUGACACUGACUCCCUCCUGGCCAUGCUGGACAAAUCUCUCUCGGAGGAGGCCCGCGCCGAGCUGGCACUCUUCAAAGACAAAAUCGCACCGCCUAAGCCAGCUCAGCAGGAGUCACUCGACGCGAAGUACCAACGUCUCCUGGCAGCUGAACGUAAGGCAGCGGCAGCACUUACGAAGGCGGCAACCUCGGAGGGCAAGGCCAAGGACUGGGUCGUCCAAUGCGAGGCCCACACCCAGCACUGCGCGGAGGCCCUCGGCGACGCCCAGGCCGCGGUGCAGGAGACCCUCGACGCGAUCAACGAGGCGCGCGGCACGCGGGCGCCCUCGGCUUUCAAGUCGACGGCAGGUGGCCUCAACCUCAGCAAGCUCCUCCUCAGCGGGGAGGACCUCGCCUUCGAGGAGGGCGAGGCCUUCGACACCUCCGACCUCGAGCUCGACGCCGAGGACUCCAAGAAGUGGGCCGACCUCAAGCAGCAGUUCCUCGACGAGCUCAAGACGAAGGUCAAGGAGGUCUUCGGCUCAGGCGCCACGGCCAUCCAGCAGCGCAAGCAAGAGCUGGAAGCCUUGCGCAGCAGGCUCCGCGCCAAGCGGCCUCGCACCGAGGCCGACGGCACUGGGGCUCAGGCCGCCGAGGCGGGCACGGGCAGCGCCGCGGCACCACCCGCUGCUGCAGCUGGCGGUGGUGAUGGGCUCGCGCCCACGAGGAGCGAACCAAAGAUAAGGAGGACCUUUAGCCAGCCCAGCUUUCGCACGAUCUACGUGCGUAACAUUACCGACUGGGGGCCAAAGUGCAAGAAGAUCGUGAAGUCGCCGCCGUUCCAGGCGGACAUCCUCGGACUAUUGGAGACUCAUGAGAGCGAGCGCACCAGUGACGCAGUGCUUGCAGAGUUUGAUGCAUCAGCUUGGAAGGCAGUUAUCUCACCGUCGCGAGCCGACGGCACAGUGCAGAAGGCAGGUGGAGUGGUCCUGGGAGCUCGACGCCACCUGCAGUGUUCAUCAUUGGGCCACCUGGCCCGCUACCGCAACCAGACAAAGGGGCAGUUGCGCCACAGGAAGCCAGAGCCGCACUUCGUCGCAGGGCCCAUUGACUUCUGGGACUUCCAGGCGCUCACCAUCCAGAUGCAUCAUGGCCAGCUCACGGUGCUCAUCGUGUACCUCACCACAUCCAUCGGGGUGGCUGGCCAGAAUCUCAUCAAGCUACAGAACCUCGGGGCCGUUAUCAAGAGUCUCAUGGGGGACUGGAUCGCGAUUGGCGACUGGAACCUGGUACCGACGGAGCUGGAGGAGUCAGGAUGGGUCAACUACGUCGACGGCCGCAUCUGUAAGCCCUCCAAUGUCUCUUUCACUCAGUUCACAGGAGGCCGCAUGUUGGAUUACGCGGUCAUCGGAGGGCCAGGUCAUCACGUGCCCGCCAAACUCUUUGCGGACACAAUGGGGGGCCACAAGAGCCACAUGGGCCUUGUGGCCCAGUAUACCUCGCAGUCGGCGCCAGCAUGGGCUCUGAUCCUGCCGACUCCCUUCUCCUUCGCGCACCCUCCAGCGGAGCAGAAGGCUGCGGACCCGAAUAGCAAGCGCUCACGGGCCAAGCGCGAGGCUGAGCAGCGCAGGCUCGAGCGUAUGCAGGACAACCCCUUGGAGGCCCUCAACCCAGAGGUCACCGAGGCGGCGUCUCAGCAGCAGCCUGUGGAUGGCCCACCCCUGCCCGCGCACAUGUGCGGGCCGCCUUCGAGCGGAGGCCGCGCGGCGCCAGCCGACCUGCCUUCGCGGGCCCCCGAUGGCCCUGCGAUCUGGCGGUCGGCCGAGGCAGGGGCAGCCCCCAGUGCUGCGGAGGCGCAUGACAUGGACCACGACGAGCAGCAGUCCCACGACCGUUUGCUGGGCUUCCCGAUGACGCCGCCGUGCCCGACGGUGGCCAGGCUCACGGCGGCAGAGAAGGGCGAGCUGUGGGCACAGGUCUGCCAUCGCCAGGUCCAGUACGAUGCACCGCCCGACUACAUUCGGGACUCCCAGGCGUACCAGUCCUCGUCCGAGGCCGCCGACGACUUGGGCAUGCAGUACGCCAGAUGGAUCACGCACGUGGAAUACUUCUAUACUGACAUCAUGAAUGUAUCAGCUGAUGAGCGGCACCGCUAUGUUGGCCGAGGCAUGGCACGCGCUCCUGCGCAUAUGAAGAUCCGAGCACCUCGAGCAGGCACGGGGGCAUGCACCUCCAGUCGGGCAACGCGAUGGUGGAGCACUAUGGCAGCAUGUACUCAGCUGCUGGCAAAGGCCAUGGCCAGGACGAACGACGCGCUCUCCGAGGCUGGCGAGAACGCGGCGGACAUCAUCUACACCCAUGCACACGCUAUGCCCGACGACAACCUUGUGCCUAUCGACAAUGCCACCAAGCUCAAGUGGCAGCAUGGUUUAUCAGCUGUGCGUGAUUGGACCACUGGCCAGGCUGCCACCAUGGCCUAUGCACUGGGGAUCCUGGCCGACAGAUUCCAGCGCGCUGAGGUCCGACAAGGACUACAGGCCUUCCAGGAGUGGGUCGUCCAGUGCACGGCCAAGAAACCCAGCAAGGUCCUCAAGUGGAGCACCGACUCAGCGGGGCCGAUCAUGGAGUACGGGUUCGGGCCCGCGGCCUCCACCGACCUGUUUAGCAUCAUGGAGGGCAAGCGAGGUGCAUGGGCGCAGCGCUGGAGCGGCACGGUGAAGCUCUCCGACCUCCAGGCGUUCCGCCGCAAGUGCAAACGCCUUGCGGAACAUGAGGACGCAUGGCAGCCCAUAGAUCCCUACCUCAUCCACGAGAAGGCCACCGUCCUGCCCAACGCCACGGGCCGUGGCAGCGACAACCUCGGCCCCUUGGACAUUCGCAACCUGCCGUUCCAGGCCAAGCAGGACUUGGCCGACUUCUUCAACCAAUGCGAGAGGCAGAUGGCGUGGCCGUGGCAGCUCAUGAGUGUACUGGUGGGCAUGCUUCCGAAGCCAGACGGCUCGGAGAGGGGCGUUGCAUUGAUUCCAUGGCUCAUGCGCUUCUGGGCGCAGAUGCGUAAGGUCAUUGGGGCCGACUGGUGCGCGGCCAAGGCCGGGCACUGGGACCAGGCCAUCAAGGGCAGCAGUGCCCUCCAGUGCGGCAUCUUCCGCCUGUUCUGUGACGAAGUCGAUGACGAACUGGACAUACACUAUGCUAACGUGAUGUGGGACUUCGCAGAAUUCUACGACAGCGUCAACCCCAUCAUGGCAUUCGAGGCGGCGCUCAAGCUUGAAUUCUCGCCCAGGAAGCUCGGCAUGGCGGCGGUCCUGUACAUGUCGCCGAGGAUGCUGCGCUCCAGGGGCGCGAUCGCUGCACCCAUUCAGCCCACGGGAUCGCUCUUGACUGGAGAUAGCGAUGCAAAUAAUCUUGCCAGAGCUGUUUUAUAUGAUUUGCUCGAUGAUAUCCACCGCCAGUUUUUACCCAGAGGUGUCAGAUCAUACCAAUGGGUUGAUGAUAUAAACCAGCGCGCUGAAGGGCCGAAACAUGUCCUGGCUCCCGUCCUAGCCAAGGCGGCCUCAGUUUUCUUCCAUGGUGCCCGUUCCCUUGGCCUCGACAUCUCGGGGAAGUCUGGGGUUAUCGGGACUGACAUCGACAUGGCCAAAGCAGUCUGCGCUGAAUUUAACAAGAAUGUGUCAGAGUUUCAACUUAAACCUAGUGCUGUGAUCGCUGACCUUGGGCUCGAAAGGGGGUCCAGAAGGCAGAACAAAAUCAAGCACAACAAGCGUGUCAGCCAAGCGUUCCGCCAGCUUUCUAAGUUUCGCAAGGUUUCUAAGUUUAGUCGCAUCCGCCUAGCCAGGCGGAAGCUGACCCUGAUGUCUCCUGUGCCCCGCAUUGCCUACGGAGCUAUGGCUACAGGCAUGGCCCCGUCCCAGAUUGUGAAGGUUCAACGCGCUGUGGCGGGGGCGCUUGGGGGUCGCAAGGCUGGACGUUGCCUGACUGCCUACCUGGCGCUUGAACUGGGGAAUCGCAACCCAGGCAUAGAACUUAGAGUCCGCCAGUUGCAGACUUGGUUUCAGUUUAUCACCCGUGACAAAGACAGUGAGCACGUCCUUCCCAGACUUGCCAGAGCUUGGCCCAAGGUGGCCAACCGUGUCGCCCAGACCCCGAAGACCGACCGCUGGAGACAUGUCCGAGGACCGAUGGCGGGGGCGGUCGCGGCGCUUCUGGAUGCGGGUUGGACGGCCACUGAUGACACGUAUUUAACCUGGUGCUCACCAGUCACAGACGACUGGUGGCGACUAUCACUGCAGUCUGGCGAUAUCGACUACGAACCUUUUCUUGAAGAAUUCACCCAGAGCCUGUGGAGCCAAGCGUGGAAGCAAGCUAGCCAGCACUACUUGGGCGGGGGGCUGGAGGGUGGGGCGGACCUCUUCUCCCUGCGGCAGUCCCUCCGCACCUUAGACAAGAUGACCUCCACAGCUGCUCCAGGCAUCAGGGGUAAUGUUAUGGCCAUGGCAACUGGAUCAACUUGGCCGAGGUCUCGACUUUGCGAGGCUGGCAUCUUCGGCGAAUCCGACUCAUUUUGUGUGCGGUGUAAUACCAAUCAGCCAGAGACUCCUUUUCAUCGAUCUUGGCAGUGCAGCGCCAACUCUCAUCUGGACGUCUGCCGCGAGACGGCGGACCUCGAGCAAGAGGCCGCCGAUGGAUAUCAGCAGUUUCCUUGUUUCUGGCUUCGAGGUCUCAUCCCAGCGUCGUGGACCGUUGUCGAUCCCCCCCUCAGUGAGGCCCACGCGUGGACGUGGCAAACCCAACCCGAGGCCAUUGCCAACCUCGAGCCAGGGACCCAGUUUGGGGGGGCGGGUGACGGCUCUGGAGGAGCCCACACCAAAGACCCUCGCCUCCGUAGAUGUGGAUGGGCAUUUACCCAUCUUGCCGCGUGGUGUAAAGACCCUAGCUGGAACCAGAUUGGGCCCAUCAAAGGCCAAGCGGGGAACCUCCCAGGGCCCAAGCAGUCUAGCAACCGUGCCGAAUUGCUGGCUCUCAUUUGCUGGCUGGAGGACCUCCCCCUUGAGUUUAAUCUACCGCCUGACGGCGAGCUUCACUUUAUAAGUGACUCGGCCUAUGUGGCCCGUGGCGUGUGUCGGCCCGAUGCCAGCAAACCCAGAACGAAUAGGGACCUCUGGAAGAGAUUUCGGGGUGCCCGAGGUGGGCGCCACGUUUUAUGCCAUAAGGUUGAGAGCCACGUGGCCCAAGCCAGGCGAGCUGAAAUGAAUUUUCCAGAGCUUUGGAUCCAGGCCAACAGCUUAGUAGAUACCCAUGCUGACGACGCGGCUAUGAAGUUUCAGCUUCACCCCGACCAGGUCCAGAAUGUCAAAGAUGUUGAAGCUAAAGCCGCCAGAGUUCGUAGGCGUUUGUGCACUGUGCUCGAAGAAGUUAUGCAGGCCGAUAACGAAGCCAGGGCCCAGGUUGAGAGACUCCCGACCCUGGCUGAGCAGCAGCGAGCACCCCGCCCCAGCGUCUUGCAGAAAGCUGUGGCGACCACCCUCAGGAACCUUGCCAAAGAGUGCCGUCCUGCCACCAAGGACGGCAGAUACAACCUGGAGCAGAUGGCUAAAGGUAUCUGGCCAGGGAGCUCUGCAGCUGCUGCGGAAUUCAAUAGCAAAACAGGCCUCCGCCCAGUCAAGGCGAAGGCAACGGCGAAGCGUCGAUAA